AUGGCUUCCUCUAGCAAUUCUAAGAGACCCUUUUACUCUUCUUCUUCUUCUAAUUCUAAAUGGAGGUACGAUGUGUUCUUGAGUUUCAGAGGCGAGGAUACCCGCAACAACUUUACUAGUCAUCUCUACAAGGCUUUGGAUCAUGCCAACAUUGAAACCUUCAAAGAUGAUAAAGAACUUCGAAGGGGAGACGAGAUUGCACCCGAGCUCCUAAAAGCUAUUGAAGGAUCAAGGAUUGCCCUUAUUAUCUUCUCGAAAACCUAUGCUCAUUCCAAGUGGUGCUUGGAUGAACUCGUCAAGAUCAUGGAGUGCAAGGAAGAAAAGGGACAAAAGGUUUUUCCUAUUUUCUAUCAUGUAGAGCCGUCUGAAGUCAGGAAACAGACUGGGAUUUAUGGAGAAGCAUUUAACAAUCACGAGAGCAAUGCAGACGAGGAGAAGAAGAAGAAGAUAGAGAAGUGGAGGACUGCCUUAUGGAAAGCCGGUAAUUUGAGUGGAUUUCCUCUGCAGGAUAGCCCUGAGUCAGAGUUUAUUGAAGAAAUCAUUGGUGAGAUUCGAAGAUUAAUUCCUAAGUUGGUACAUGUUGGUGAGAACAUAGUUGGAAUGGAUGAAAAUUCGAAAGAAGUGAAGUUAUUGAUAGACUCCCAAUCAAAUAAAGUGAGUAUGGUUGGGAUUUAUGGGACUGGUGGGAUUGGUAAAACUACCAUCGCCAAGGUUGUUUACAAUGGUCUGUUAGAUCAAUUUAAGCGUCACAGCUUUCUUGAAAAUGUGAGAGAGAAAUCUAAAGAUGAUCCUGGUUUGCUUGAAUUACAAAAAAAACUUCUUUAUGAUAUCCUCAUGGAGAAAGAUUCGAAGAUAAGUAAUAUUGGUGAAGGAAUAAAAGAGAUAAAGAGUAAGUGUUGCUUUGAAAAGGUUCUUAUUAUUCUUGAUGAUGUAGAUUGUCUAAGACAGUUAGAAUUCUUAGCUCCUAAUUCUGAAUGUUUUCAUCGAGGAAGCAUAAUCAUCGUGACCACAAGAAAUAAACGUUGCCUAGAUGUACAUAAGUCAUAUUCAUCAUAUGAGGCUAAGGGAUUAGCACAUGAGCAAGCUAAGGAGCUCUUUUGUUGGAAUGCCUUUAAGCAACACCAUCCAAAAGACAAUUAUGUGGACCUCUCUAAUCGUAUACUGGAUUAUGCUAAAGGCCUUCCAUUGGCUCUUGUAGUUUUGGGUUCUUUUCUUUAUAAAAGGGGUGUGGAUGAAUGGGAAAGCACAUUGCAUAAACUAAAAACAACCCCUUUCAAGGAUAUUCAAAAUGUGCUCCAGAUAAGUUAUGAUGGACUAGAUGAUAUAUGCAAGAAGUUGUUCCUUGAUAUUGCGUGCUUCUUCAAAGAUCACAAUAAAGAAUUUGUUACAAGUAUACUAGAAGGUUGUGAUCUCCAUCCCAAGAUUGGACUAAAAGUUCUUGAUGAGAGGUGUCUCAUUUCUAUAUUGGGUGGCACUAUAAGGAUGCAUGACUUGUUACAAGAAAUGGGUUGGGCAACAGAUUGUGGGAAUAUGAGGAUAUUAAAAGUGUCUUUACAAGGGACAAAAAACAUUGAGGGGAUAUUCAUAAAUUGUACUAAAGCAAAACCUAUACAAUUUACUGCUGAAGCUUUCAAAAAGAUGAAUCGACUUAGAUUACUCAAAGUUGAAGAGGAUAUGGUGCAGCUUUCCCAAGACUUUGAAUUGUCUUGUCAUGAUUUAGUAUAUUUUCAUUGGGUUGCAUACCCUUUAGAAUCUUUGCCAUCAAAUUUUCAUGCUGACAGUCUCGUUGAACUCAACCUCCAGUACAGCAACAUAAAACAUCUUUGGGAAGGAAACAUGCCUGCUAAAAAGUUAAAAGUCAUUAAUCUUCGGCAUUCCAAGCAUCUGGUUGAUAUUUCAAGCAUCUCAAGUGCGCCAAAUUUGGAGAUUUUAAUUCUAGAAGGGUGCAUAAGACUUGAGAGUCUUCCAAGGAACCUUCAUACAUUGGAAUGCCUUCAAACACUCUCUUGUUAUGGUUGUUCGAAGAUGAAGAGUUUUCCGGAAAUCAAGGGUAAUAUGGGAAGUCUAAGAGAACUUGAUUUAAGUGAAACAGAUAUAAUAGAAGUACCAUCAUCAAUCAGGCAUCUACAUGGGCUUAAAACCUUGAAGUUAAGUGAUUGCUUAAACCUUGUGAGUCUUCAGGUCGGUAUUUGUAGUUUGAGCUCUCUUCAAACUCUUUUGAUGGAUGGGAGUUUAGAACUAAAGGCCUUUCUAGAUAUCAAUAUUGGAAGUCUAAAAGCCCUUGAAUGGUUAGAUUUGUCAUAUUGCGAAAACCUUGAGAGUCUUCCGGAUAGUAUUUGUAGUUUGACCUCUCUUCAAACUCUUUUGCUGAAUGGGUGUUCAAAACUGAAAGCCUUUCCAUACAUCAAUAUUGGAAGCCUCAAAGCUCUUGAAUUGUUAGCUUUGUCAUAUUGCGAAAACCUUGAGAGUCUUCCGGACAGUAUUUGUAAUUUGACAUCUCUUCAAACUCUCAUGUUAAAAGAGUGUUCAAAAUUGAAGGGCUUUCCAGAUAUCAAUAUUGGAAGUCUAAAAGCUCUUAAAUUGUUAGAUUUGUCAUAUUGCGAAAAUGACAGUAUUUGUAGUUUGACCUCUCUUCAAACUCUUUUGCUGAAUGGGUGUUCAAAAUUGAAGGCUUUUCCGGAUAUUAAUAUUGCAAAUCUAAAAGCUCUUGAAUUGUUAGAUUUUUCAUAUUGUGAAAACUUUGGGAGUCUUCCAGAUAGGAUUUGUAGCUUAACCUCUCUUCAAACUCUUUUGUUGAAAAAGUGUUCAAAAUUGAAGGCCUUUCCAGAUAUCAAUAUUGGAAGUCUAAAAGCUCUUAAAUUGUUAGAUUUGUCAUAUUGCGAAAACCUUAAGAGUCUUCCAGACAGUAUUUGUAGUUUGACCUCUCUUCAAACUCUUUUUUUGAAUGGGUGUUCAAAAUUGAAGGCCUUUCCAGAUAUCAAUAUUGGAAGUCUAAAAGCUCUUGAAUUGUUAGAUUUGUCAUAUUGCAAAAACCUUGAGAGUCUUCCGCAUAGUAUUUGUAGUUUGACCUCUCUCCAAACACUUUUGUUGAAUGGGUGUUCAAAACUGAAGGCCUUUCCAGAUAUCAAUAUUGGAAGUCUAAAAGCUCUUAAAUUGUUAGAUUUGUCUUAUUGCAUAUACCUUGAGAGUCUUCCGCACAGUAUUUGUAGUUUGACCUCUCUUCAAACUCUUUUGUUGAAUGGGUGUUCAAAAUUGAAGGCCUUUCCAUGUAUCAAUAUUGGAAGUCUAAAAGCUCUUAAAUUGUUAAAUUUGUCAUAUUGCGAAAACCUUGAGAGUCUUCCGGAUAGUAUUUGUAAUUUGACCUCUCUUCAAACUCUUUUGCUGAAUGGGUGUUCAAAACUGAAGGCCUUUCCAGAUAUCAAUAUUGGAUGUCUAAAAGCCCUUGAAUUGUUAGACUUCUCAUAUUGCAAAAACCUUGAGAGUCUUCCGCACAGUAUUUGUAGUUUGACCUCUCUUCAAACUCUUUUGCUGAAUGGGUGUUCAAAACUAAAGGCUUUUCCAGAUAUCAAUGUUGGUAGUCUUAAAGCUCUUGAAUUGUUAGAUUUGUCAUAUUGUGAAAACCUUGAGAGUCUUCCUCACAGUAUUUGUAGUUUGACCUCUCUUCAAACUCUUUUGUUGAAUGGGUGUUCAAAACUAAAGGCCUUUCCAGAUAUCAAUAUUGGAAGUCUAAAAGUUCUAGAAUUGUUAGAUUUGUCAUAUUGCGAAAGCCUUGAGAGUUUUCCGGACAGUAUUUGUAGUUUGACCUCUCUUCAAACUCUUUGGCUGAAUGGGUGUUCAAAACUGAAGGUCUUUCCAGAUGUCAAUAUUGGAAGUCUAAAAGCUCUUGAAUUGUUAGAUUUGUCAUGUUGUAAAAAGCUUGAGAGUCUUCCGAUGAGCAUUUGCAAUUUGAGCUCUCUCAAAACUCUGCGGAUUAAAGAUUGUCCAAAACUCAAGGGAAUAUUAAAGAUGAACCUAGGGGUUGAUUUAUGCUCCUCGAGAUCUUUGAAUCUGACUUGUCACAUUUCAAAUUCAGGAGUAAUCUGGGAUAAUGACUGCUUUUCCUCAUUAAAAGCAUUAAAUCCAUGGUGCCCCCUGUCAUCACUGGUAGAAUUAUCUGUAAGAAACUCUAAUCUCAUGGAACGAGACAUCCUCAGUGCUAGUUUUCGCUUAUCCUCAAUGCAAAUAUUAUCUCUAAGGAACUUCCCUUUGAUGGUAGGAGGAAUCCUUGAUGACAUUUUCCAUCUAUCUUCAUUGGUAGAAUUAUCUCUUAGUGAAUGCAAUCUGAUGGAAGUAGGAACCCUCCAUUAUGUUUGGAACCUAUCUUCACUGCUAAGAUUAUAUCUAAGAAACUGUAAUCUAAUGGAAGGAGAGAUCCCCAAUCAUAUUUGGCACCUAUCAUCAUUGGAAGAAUUAUAUCUGGAUGGGAACCAUUUCAGUAGUCUACCUGCUGGCAUCAAUCGACUUACCAAUCUAAGAGUCCUUGACUUGAGUCACUGCAAGAACCUUCAACAAAUUCCAGAGCUUCCAUCAAGUCUACGUUUCUUAGAUGCGCAUUGUUCGGGUGGUAUUUCAUCAAGGCCCUCGCCUCUGCCUAUUCAUUCUAUGGUCAAUUGCUUCAAACCAGAAAUUCCGGUACCCAGGAUUCAUGCUGGUUGUACAUUCUUUGUAGGCAAUGGAAUUAGCAUUGUUGUUCCUAGAAGUAGUGGAAUUCUAGAGUGGAUAAGGUAUCAGAGUAUGGGAGGUUAUAAAGUAACAAUAGAGCUCCCCCCGAAUUGGUAUGAAAAUAAGGAAUUGUUGGGAUUUGCUUUAUGCUGUGUUUAUGAAUCCAACAAUGGAUUUGUCUUUGAGUCUCGGUAUGAAUCAACUGAUACAUCUGAUAAUGAGCCUGACAAUGGAUCUGCAUAUGAAUCUCAGCAUGAAUCAGCUGAUACAUCUAAUAAUGAACCUGACAAUGGAUCUGCCUAUAAAUCAGCUGAUACAUCUGAUAAUGAACCUGACAAUGGAUCUGCCUAUGAAUCUACCUAUGAAUCUCAGAAUGAAUCAGCUGAUACUUCUAAUAAUGAACCCACCAAUGGAUCUGCCUAUGAAUCUGAAAAUGAAACAGCUCAUACAUCUGAUAAUGAAGAACCAGUGGAGUUCUAUUGUAAUUUGAGUAUCCGAGGAAAUAAUCAAUCAACAGUCGUGGAUUCUUUCAAAUUGGGUUCUUACUGUGCUAAUGAUGUUGCAUCAGAUAUAGUGUGGGUGAUAUUUUAUCCCAAGGUAGCUUUUAAGGAAGCUAUUAAGGAAUGGUAUCGCUCUAAUCAAUGGACACACUUUAUGGCUUCAUUUGGCGGUUUCGGAAGAGUGGAACAGUGCAUGAUCCGUCUUAUAUAUGCAGAAGAUUAGGAACAAAAGCAUCCAAAAAUGGCGCAAGACAGUUCUUCUCAUGGGAGUUUUGGUGAGCAUGGAUCAGCAACAGAAGAUACUAAUAGUAAAGCUCAUAAUAAAAGGAAUCCCACAGAACAGAGCCGAUGAGAGGAGUCACACCAUAAAAGAUUCAGAGGAACCCAAGACUGAUCUCAAGUUUUAUGCUCAACCACACUGGCAUCACCAAUGUUCUCUUUACUGGAUAAUCACGUGGAGGCACCUAAAGAGCUUCCUAAGAAGACUAAGUUGUUCUUUGGUCAUUCUAUCGUUUUGAGGGAGAAAGUAGAUUCACUCAAAUACAAGGUUCAGAAAGCUAAAGCUAUAUCAAAAGCUGCUAAAAAGGAGUAGUAAAGUGAAAAUAAAAAGCUGAAUGAGUUGCGAGCUCAUUUUAAGGCCAGAAAUGAUAUUCACCAAGAAGCAUACACACAUUUGCAGAGUUUGAGGAAGAACUUGUCUGAGAAGAUAAACAAUAUAGAGAACAGGUCAGUACUUCAUGAUGCCCUCUGUGCUCCAAAGGACGCUAUUAUAUAGAGUGAUGGAAAGAGUAUGGUCCCAGAUGCCUACAAGGUUCUAGACAAGAUCAGAGUAUUUUUUUUAGAUUGCCUAUAGUGGUUCCUUAGUAAUUAAAGUUGUUUAUAAAUCUAAUUCAGAUAUGUUAUCCAUAAAUAUCAAGUAGUGAUUAAUUGUUAACCUACGAAAAAAGUAAUAAUUAAAUUUUGGUAGGUUGGAGUCGCUAGAAAAGCAUUGAUGGAUGUAAUUUUUGUUGGCAUUGGUGACAGGUUCUUAGCUACACCCUCCUUUUUGUGCACACUGCUCUACAAACAGGAUUAGAUUCAUCUUCCAAAGUUGAAAUUGCUCGUCAUCUUGGAGGAAUAUGGAAUUGGGUAUGAAGUGGUAAGUAACCACGACACUCCAGUUUCUUGCAGACCCCUGAACAAUUGCAGAAUGAGAAUGUUCCCCAGCAUCUUAUUCCUCACAAGACCUUCUCUGGCAACCGGCCAUCUCUGAGCCUUCUGCUUCCGUCACUGGAUGCUUAAUAUUUAACAAGUUCAAGAUUUUGUACUCCUUUUUUGUCCUUUAUCGAACCAUCUUGUUCAAGCAGAUAAAUUGUUAUAAGUGUUCAUGGAUUUUGGAUUAUUCCAUGAUGAUCAGAAACUACUAGAAUCUGUCAAGGAUGUGUGAAGAGCAAUCUUUGAAUCAAACAGUGGAGGAAAUUGGCCUUUUGACUUGGGAUCAGACUAGAAACAGGUCACUUACAUAUUAAACAAACUUCAGAGUUUGUUCUGAAUCAACUUCAUGAAACCAUUUCUCAGCUUCCUAGGAGCCAUGGAACAGCAAUAUUGAUGAGUUCCAGAAAGAAAACGUCUGAUGCAACACAAGGAGCAGACUGAGGAUUUUGGAUGGACACUCUUUCGUCCCUGGCAAGUUGCCGCCUUUGCUACCCAAUUCCAAUUCUCCAAAUGAAAGAACUGACAGAUCACUUUUUGCCUCAACCAAGGACACCUCUGUGCCAGCAGUCUUGACUGUGGAACAAGUAAAACAAAUGGUACCUGCUGAAGCUGAGGGGGCAGAUGAUGAAUUGGUGCUGAAGGUGGUCAACCAAAAGAAUCAGACCGCAAAAACUUAAAACCCCAUGAAGCCCGCUACUGGAGCGGUCUCAGCACCUGUUUCUGGGAGGGGUGAGAUUGAAGGGAGUGAAGAAAAGGAGCAUAAGCAAACAGAGAAGGAAGAGGAGUUGGCAAGGAAGGUAGGGGAAUUGAGAAGUGAAGAGGAAGCAGCCAUGUUGAAGGAGCAAAGUCUGUUGGAGGAGAAAGCCAACGUUAAGGAGGCACUGGAAAGGAAACAAGGAACUGCAGAAAAGGCCAAUUCCUUUGUGAGUGCUGCCACCUUUUCAUGAUACGGCCAUAAUAAUGGAUGUUUAAACAGUCUUUAACUCUACAUACUUUCUUGCAUUAUACUAGUCAUUGAAGAUUCAAGAUCAUCAUUUCAGACAUAUGGUCGUUCACUAAAAUCAAUAAUUUGUUAUUUUUUUAGUUUUA